GUGGGGCGCCGUCGGAAGUGACGCAAGGAGGCGGUGCGACCUGGUCCGGAUGGUGGUAGGCAUGUUGGCUCCGACGCGGCUGGUCCCUUACGUUCGUGUUGGAAGCCACUUCUUCAGAGGCCGGCGCUCACCGGCGGCCGGGGGCGGUGGAGUCCGUCAUGCUGGUGGCGGUGUGCACAUCAAGCCCCGGUACAGACAGUUUCCCCAGCUGACCAGGUCCCAGGUGAUCCAGGCUGAGUUCUUCAGUGCAACCAUGUGGUUCUGGAUUCUCUGGCGCUUUUGGCAUGACUCGGACGCUGUGCUGGGUCACUUUGCGUAUCCAGAUCCUUCCCAAUGGACAGAUGAAGAACUGGGUAUCCCUCCUGAUGAUGAAGACUGAAAGUGUAGACGCAAACUCUUUAUAAGCGGAGCCAAGUGAGAAUUUCAAGAAAUUAAUAUGCUUUAUAUUGUACAUUGAAGUUAUAAAUUAAACUGUUUUGGUCAAGAA